UGGAAGUUCGGUCCCUCGCCAGCUUGACUGAACACUCAACAGCCCGGAGCUCCGCCGCACAACACAAACGGGCUCAAACAGAGAGAAAGAAAUUAACAUUUUGGGAACAAGUUCUUUUUGUCAAGGGUCACAUUGGUAAAGUUACGAGUCUGUGGAUAAGCGGGUUUAUGAAAGGACGAAGAAGAAGACUGGUCGGGAUUUCCUCAUCGGGCUUUCGAGGACUGAACGUCAGGAGAGGGAGGGAGAGAGAGAGAGAUCAAAGAUGAGCUCACCGGCGUGAGCUCCAGGGAUGCCCCGCCCACCCGUCCGCCAUGUUUGCCUGAGGCCCCCGGAAGCCAGAGACAGGACGCCAUUAACAGAGCGCGUGACCCCUCCGAGCAGCCACCAUGGCCCUGGUUCAGGCUCCGCCCCUUUCUGCUGAGCCACACAACCCAGGCCACAUUGGGGGAUCCCGCAGGCGACACCCCUCCAGCUCCUCCCCCUCCACCAACGCAGCGCCCCCCGCCCUUGAUCCGAUGGGUUCUGUCAGCAGCCUGGUCGCCGCGCGCGCCGCCCCCUACCAGGACUACCGACCCAUCGGCGAGCUGGGGGCGAGGGUCCGUCGGCCCACGCCAGGCGCCCCGUGCCUGGGUUCGGAGUCGCCCCUGGACCCUCUAUUCCUUCAGAGCAUCCCACCGCUUGUGAAGCAGAGCUCCACGGCGUCCGGCAAGGGGCCAGAGAGGGAGAGCGGGAAUGGGAGCUACACCUAUCUGAACGAGGACUACAUGGGCGACUGGAACGACGACCGCUUAGCGCGCGCCAGCCCAGGAAGUGACGCAGACGAGACCAAAGGGUCCGGGUUUAUUGGGACCAUGGGAGGACCUCCUCCAAAACUGAUCCCUGUGUCUGGAAAACUUGAGAAGAACAUGGAGAAAACAGUGCUGCGGCCGACGGCCUUCAAAGCCGUCAUCCCAAAGAGCCGCACCUCCAUGCAGUACCUCUCCCCUCGCCACUGUGCCAACGCACCGGAGAGCCAAAACCACCUGAACCUGCUGAGCCCCGCCCACACAGACGCGUCCGAGAAAAGCGCCGCGUACGGCCGGGCCCGCGUCAGCUCCCAACUGACCGACUCGGGACGCAACUCCCUCUCCAGCCUCCCACCUUACGGGGGCGGAUGCGGUCUGGCGUCGGGGGAGGCCCCCGCCGGCCACCCAGAGCCCACGAAAGCCGCCGCCCCGCCGCCGCCGGUCGGUGGUCACGGACACUCCAACUCAGACAGCGGGCGCUCGUCCUCCAGCAAGAGUACGGGCUCGAUGAGCGGCCGAGGCCAACCUCCGUCCGACAGCGGGUCCAGCGGGCGCUCCCCCGGCCCGGCGGAGGGAUACGAGGGGCUGGUGAGGGACCUGGAGGACAAGCUGAGGGAGAGGGAGCUGGAGCUGCUGCAGCUCAGGGACAACCUGGACGAGAACGAGGCCGCCAUUUGUCAGGUUUACGAGGAGAAGCAGAAGCGCUUCGAGCUGGAGCUGGAGGAGCUGAGGCAGGGCUGCGCCACCAGGAUGCAGGGGGCCUCGCAGAAGGCCCAGCGUGCUCAGCAGGUGGUCCAGUUGCAGGUUUUUCAGCUGCAGCAGGAGAAGAAGAAGCUGCAGGAGGACUUUUCUCAGCUUCUGAAGGAGAGGGAGCAGCUGGAGGAGCGCUGCACCUCCUUUGAGCGCGAGAAGAUCCAGAUGGGGCCUCGGCUGGAGGAGAGCAAGUGGGAGGUUUGUCAGAAGUCGGGGGAGAUCUCGCUGCUCAAGCAGCAGCUCAAGGAGGUGCAGGGGGAGCUUGCCCAGCGCGUGGGCGAGAUCGUCUUGCUGCGGGGUCAACUUAGGGAGACCCGCGGCGAGCUGACCAACACCCAGGUCCUGCUCCAGGAGGCCACCGGCGCCGCCCGCACGCGGUCCCUGGAGCUGGAGGUGUGCGAGAACGAGCUUCAGCGGCGCAAGAGCGAGGCGGAGCUGCUCAGGGAGAAGGUGGGACGCCUGGAGGGAGAGCUGUUUCGCCUCCGGGACGCCUUGGCCAACCAGGGCCCGGGGAACCGGCAGUGCCAGGUGUUCCAGGAGGCGGAGGAGCACCUGCUGGCCUACGAGAGCGACGGGGCGAAGGCCCAGCGGCAGGGCGGCGCCGAGGCGCUGCAGAGCGCCAAGGUGCAGGCGGACAGGAUGAGGGCCGAGCUGGACUACGAGCGGCAGCGGGCCGAGCAGCAGGCCGGCGGCUUCGAGGAGGAGCGCAGGAUAUGGCAGGAGGAGAAGGACAAGGUCAUCCGCUACCAGCAGCAGCUGCAGCAGAACUACGUGCAGAUGUACGGCAGGAACCGGGAGCUGGAGCAGCUCCUGCGGGAGCUCAGCCAGGAGCUGGAGAGCAGGGAGGAGGACGAGGGCAGCGGCAACGAGAUCAUCUUCGACGAGAUCGCCGCCACGGAAAUUUGACCACAGGAUCCCCCCCCCCCCCCCGCAUCUCUCUUAUCUUUUUGAUUUGCACUACUGUCAGCUAGACGUGGCUCUUGACAGCCGCUGACGUUCGUAGUUGUUCGUUGGCCGCCUUCGGUGUUCUCUCGCCGUUGAUGUCCGUGGUCGACCGGGCAUCUCCCACGUUUUUGUUUUUUUUACGCGCGGGAGGAUUCGUCAUCCGUGAGUAACUUCGCUCAACCUUUCGCUCCCCGACUCGCUCAUGAGUCCGCACUCUCCCUGCUGGCUUUAACGCCACACUCCCACUCCGUGUGAGCGGUCCUUCGUCAGUGCCUGCUCCGGUGAAACGUGGGACGCCACACAUUCAGCGCGUCGUGAGCGAGCGAGUGAGUCAGAGGCGGCGGAUUAUCUCGCUGGAUGCUCUCCACAUGUGACCAACGAGUAAACAGCAGGUGUUUCCGGAAUAUGUCUACUUCCGAAGUUUUUAGGGCCAAAAACACUCCAAUUCUCCCGUCGUAUAUUGUCGCUCUAUUUUUAGAGCUUAACCCUCCUCCACACAUCCUGACCCUAAAUGCUGGAAAUACAAUCAUGAACAUCUGUAGUAAUGUAACUAAAUGAUAUCUGGGUUGAAUACAGCCUGAAUGGGAUAGUAUGGAUUUUUUCAUGUGGGGUUUAAAAAUGUCUUUAACUCAUAAACAGCUUUUCUGAAUAUACAUCUAUUUUCCUGUAGUCCAGAAGUACCACAGUAUAUGUACUGUAAUUCUAUAUUGCAAUAUCAAUAUACUGUAUAACAUGAUGUAUAUAUUCAAACAAAUUGAUUUUCCCUGCAGACACUUUGGCGAUUAAACGAAUAGUAUUUGUAAAGACUGCAUUCCCAUCACUGGGAACACAAAGUGACCAAUUUCCCAUGACCCCACUGGCUUACUGGGACACUUACUGGUACCGAGCUGUCAUUAACCUGCACCUGUUUCCACCAUGACUGUGUGUGCAUGAUUUAGCCAACUGAACACGUCCUGCUAAGACACAUCAAACAAUCACAGUAACGCCGUAUCGUCUCAUGUUGAUAUGUAAAUAUCUGAACUCUCAGUUUCCUGCUGCUCAUCAUGGAGCAAACUAGUGGCUUGGAAUGUAUUCAUCAUGUCAUCAAACAUCGUGUGCGUUUCCUUCAGUGACGUGAUGAAAUCUUUCUUUUUUUGUUUCUUUUCAAUCAUCAAAACCACUGCUGACGGUUCUUAAGUCCCAUUGAUGCUAAAUGUUCUGUGAUUUCUGCCUCCCAAAGAACUCGCAACACCAAACUGCUGCCUUAAGUUCGCCUGCUCCUCGGAGGCUCCCGGUUUGGGAUUUGCUCUUUGUUAUCUUUUAUGUUUUAAUGUGGAAAACAAGGCGUCCAUUCCCUAAAAGCAAUCAAAUAUCGGCUGACCUGGAUUUCUGCUAUUAAUUAACGUAUUACAUGGGAGCGAAACGUAUAUAUGUAAUAUGUGAAUUUAUAGUUCACGUAAACUUAACCAGCCAGGAAGUUAUAUUUCUAAUAAUUAUAGACAAAACCGUUUUGUUUUUUUCAUUUUCGGACAUCAAACAGUGUCAUUUUUUCAUUUGUAUUCCUCAAGCGCUGAGAAUCAGUUAUAUUAAAAUAUAUAAGGUGUAAAGCCAUAACUGGUCAUUUAGACUCAUGGUACAGAGUUAUUUUGCCCUCCUACUGUUAUAAAUUAGUAGUUGUAAUGUUUCUUUCCAGUAAAACAGAUGUUUUACACCUAAAACCGUCUAUAAAAGGUUGCUUACUGUGUGUAUUCUUUACAGCGCUGACAGGAAACCUCGCCUUGGUGUUUCGGUGUGAAGUGUAAUGUGAACAUUUACAGCAUUACAUCCGUCUUGUGUUUAUUUACUUUCCUGUACGGCGGAACCAAAAGCACAGCGAGCUCUCAGUCUUCUGCUGAUCGAGCCGUUGCCCUCUGUAAAUAACUCCGACCAACCAUAAAGUUACAUUCCACCCCGAAACAAAUACAAUAGCCACUGUGAAUAGACCAAAGCAAUGUCGCACAUUAUAUUUUGCUUCUACAGAUACGACGCCCUGUCUUAAUGUUUGAGUGGAUGUUUGCUCUGGUUCCUCUGUAUAAUUUUAUAAUCCACAAUAUUUGUAUGAAGACAUUAGAUGUAUAUUUUCAUGCUGUACAAACCUACAAUGUUUUUAUUAAAAAAAAAGACAUUUAAAA